CAGCGUCGACUGACGUAUUAUCUUGGACACGGCAAACAAAACCUAAAGCAUAUAGCAUUAACAACGCAUGCAAAAGUAUGCAACUCGGUAAAGAGACACUAUAUUUAUGAACCUUGUCUAUGGGAUUGGACUCUUCUUCAAUGAUACAAGGCUUUGGUGGACAGCAGUAUAGCUUCUGGAUUAAUAAAUUAAGGCAAGGAGUCUUUAGUAUUUCGACAAGUGUGGAUAUAAUAUUUCUAACAUCGGAAGGAGUAUUGUGACAUUAUAAAUGCGUGAGCCAUGGCUGAAAAAUAUGAAGAGCUGAAGAAACAGAUGACGAACAAGUCAGUGAACCCUGCCAAGUAUCUUCCUCGAGUUAUUGAGGAAAUCAAGAAAGAUGACAGCAAGGAGUUCGCCGAGGCCUGCAGGUAUGAACUCAGGGACGACAUCAUAGACGGAGUCAAGGCAGCGAAAAACAAGCAUGAGAAACUUAUGAUUGAACUAUGCAUUGAAUGUAUGAAGAAGAAGACACAGCCAUACUACGAACUGGCCAAGAAAAUAUUUGAUGAGAAAGCAGUGGUUAGAUGGAAGGGUCAUGAGGGUGCCAUUGAGCAGAUGAUUCGAAUCUUGGAGGAACCCAUAGAAUGGGAGCCAACUGACCGAGAGGAGGAAGACAUCGAAGAAAAACACGUCUCUUGGGACAAUCAGGGACGCGCACUCAAGGAUGCAGUCGAGGAGAUGAUCAAAGCUUGCAGUCGUGACAAGAUGAUCAAGAAAGUUGCUCCAUCUUUCAGUCGCCUUCUUUCGUCAGCCAUCAAGAGCGGUUCAGACAUGCACAUUGUGGUGGCUAUCGCCAUAGUAGGAACAAGCGAGAUGGAAUGGGAGGGUUACGAAAAAUUGAUUCCUGACGUCCUCGAAGCCUAUGACAAGUGGCUACGAGGAGACAACAUCGACUUGGAAGAAAACCGUGACCACAGAGACUUAGCAGGGUCCGUUACAGGUUACGGUACUCUCCUUGAAAAUGCUGGUAAAUCUAGCGUGCCUCAUUUAAAAAGUCUCAUGGAAUAUUGCAUGGACCAGGAGCUUGAAGGCGAUGAGCAGCCCCUCUCAGUACAUGGGCGUAUUCUCCAGAACAUUAUAACUGGAUUCAUCAUGAGGAAUACUCAAAAGGUAAAGAUCUUCAAGGACCUUUUGCCUUACGUGGUGAAGCUGCUCUCGUGUGACGUCAAAGAUUUAGAGAGCAUGGCCGGGUAUGCCAUAGGGACUGUCUACCAGAAUGGUGAACUACUGGCUCCGUAUGGUGAUGACAUAGCAGAUGCCUAUCUCGACAACAAGUGCGAAGGAACAACCGUUGGUAUGGCUUUGAAAGGCAUAUUCCAGUACAAACCAGAAGUGGUCCUGUCAAGAGUAGACCGUAUCUUUGAGAAGAUGGACGAUAUGGGAAGCAGUGACAAGAUGUACCUCUACAUGCUGCUUGAUGACGUUGGCAAGAAAGAUGCAGAGGUUUUGGUACCGCAUAUUGACCUGAUGUUUGAGGACAUUUGUGACACCUCUCUGUCGACCAUGGCUUUCAUGACUCUGGCCAACAUCUCCAUUGAUCACGCAAAACACUUUGUCAAGCAUUUAGACAGGUGUGUUAAAGCCUGGGAACAGAUUCCUCACACUGUAGCCUCCGCCUGCAAGACUAUUGCCAGCAUUGGCCGACUUAACAAGAAAGAGGCAGAGAGGUGUUUGAAAAUCUUUUUCGGCAAGGUGAACAGCAUCGAUCCCAUGUGGAUAAGCGUCAUCUUAAUGGAGGUGAAGAGAAUCGGUCAGGCACACAAGGAAUGUCUAGAUGUAUAUCGACCGCAGAUUGAGAAACUGAAGACAUGUCAGCAGAUGGGCGUACCAGACAUGGUCCAGUCCAUGAUAGAUUUCCUGGAUGACAGAAGUCUUCAUGGCCUCAGUGAAGAAGUGGCAGAACAGCGAGAGGACAUCGACAACUUGGAUUCUCGCGUGACGAACACGGAAAACGACGUCACAAGAAUUGACGAGACCGUGGCCCAGCAGGGUGACGAGAUUCAGAACGUGAAGAAUGAGGUCAACGAGCAGGGUGAGAGACUUGAUGAGCUGAAGGAAGUCGUGGAUGAGACGGUGGAGAAAGUAGAGGAGAUCGACCACAAGACGAUCACCAACGCACCAAAAUGGUCACGUGACGUCUCAAAGCUGUUAAACCCCGAGCAUGAGCAUGACUGGAGAUUCUUGGCCGUUCGUCUCGGCUACUCUGGUGAAGACAUUCGCAACUGGGCCCUGUCACCUGAUCCCACCAUGGCUAUCCUGGCUGAAUGGUACACGACUCACAAGAGCAGUGACGCCACCUACGCCAUACUAAGUGCGCUUGAAGACAUGGGAAGAACUGAUGCGGCAGAAAUCAUCACGCAGUCUUUAGAACAAGCAGAACUGCUAGUGCCUCAGGCCCCUCCGGAUGAGUCAGAGAAGCCCCCGACGGUAUUCCUGAGCUACCAGUGGGACCACCAGCUCGAAGUGAAGGCCAUCAAGAAGCACCUAGAGAUGGCUGGGUUUCCUUGCUGGAUGGACAUUGGUCAGAUGGGUGGCGGAGAUCAGUUGUUUUCUAAGAUCAGCCAGGGCAUGAGGUCAUCCAAACUGGUACUCUGCAUGGUGACUGAGAAAUACUCAAACUCGGAGAAUUGUAACAAGGAGGUGAACCUCGCCAACCUGCUGAACAAACCAAUCAUCCCUAUCCUCAUAGACCAGACUCAGUGGCCUCCUCAAGGAGCUAUGAGUAUGCUGUUUGCGCAGCUUCUCUACAUCCAGUUCUACAACGACAAGGAAUACGUGAGAGGAGAGAAAUUCUGGGAGGACGCCAAGUUUUCGGAACUUUUGGGACAGAUUUCUUAUCAUGCGAAUCCUGAUGAAAGCAUGAUAUCCGAUGAAUAUCGUGAUUGGAUUCCUCAGGUGGAAGAUAAACCCGUCACUGUUAAGAAAGUAUCCGAGGAAGCAAAAAGCUCACCUGCGCAGCAGAACCAAACUAUGGAGUCAACCGAAGCUCCAUCUAUAUUCAUCUCUUACCAAUGGGACAAGCAAACUGAAAUUAAGAGACUGUUCUCGCGUCUCACUGGUUUGGGAUACCACUGCUGGCUGGAUAUCAAUCAAAUGGGAGGUGGGGAUCCACUCUACUCCAAGAUUGAUAAAGGAGUGAGAAACGCAAAGGUUGUCGUUUCCUGCGUCACUCCUAAGUACUCCCUCUCCGCCAACUGCAGGAGAGAGGUCAGUCUCUCUGACGCACUCCGUAAACCCAUCAUUCCCCUGUUGUUAGAAGAGAUGACAUGGCCACCGGAAGGACCAAUGAGCAUGACCUUCACCCAGCUUCUCUACAUCGACUUCACCAAAGAGACCACUCAGGCCAGCUUUGAAGAUGAAAAGUUUGAGGAACUCAUCGAGAAGAUCAAGGAACAUGCGGAACCGACGCUUCAGGUCGUGCCUGCAGGCGAACAGGAUCAAACGAAGGUGACAAGUCAAGAACAGUCGCCAACACCUACGCCAAAAGAUGAAGGAACCGCGGAGACAAGCGUGACAAAAGACAUACCACCUUCUGCUGAUGCCAGUGACAGUGACACCAAGCCGGUCGAGGAAGUUCUUGUAGCCGUAGAGAGAAGUGCCACUCCACAUGAACAAGCUCCUCUACAGCAGCAAAACAGUCCGGCUGAAGCACCACCUGCAGAACAACCACCACCAAAGCAGAGUGAUAAAUCACCAGUAAAAAAGCCUUCUUCGCCCUCUCUACCUGAAAAGAAGAACAAGAAAUCAUCUACCUGUUUGCUUCUUUAAUGAUGCAUUGGGUUAGCUCAUCAAAAUUUCUAUGUGCCAGUUUAAAAUUAAUGUGGUCUUUCGAUACUGGUAUUUAAUUAAAGCUGAUUUUAUUUAUUCUUCCGCCUUUCUCUGAAACAAACUACCCGUUAUGAUAUAUUUUCCUACUAACAAUAUACACAAUUAUUUAACUUCAUUUAUGCCAAGUGAAUGCACCCAUGGCACUGUUUAACAAAUGCACACUAAGUAUACUAAUAAAAUGAUGAAUGUUUAUUUUAAUAUUUGAUAUCUUAAAUUUAGACAUAAGACUUAUACAUAAACAUAUGAACUUUUUGAAAGCUAGAUUUUGAUGUUAGAUGUUAGAUGUUAUACAAAAGUACUUUAUCAUGCAGGAGCUCUGAAGUUCAAGUUCAUCACACUCCAGGAUUGGGUUUAGUGGUGUUAAUGACUUGAAGUUGUACUGUACCGCUAAAAAGACAGGAUGAGUAGGAAA